AUGCAUCCUGUUCCCUCCCUUGGGGCCCUGCACGCCCUCCGAACCCUCACACGUCUGACAAUCCCAGCUCCCGCCGCCACACAAUCGUCCACCCCAGCAGCAGCGGUCCUCCGCCGAGCUGCUGCUCCUCCUCCUGUUGUGCAUCAUCGCCACCAGCAGCGAGCCCCCUUCUCAACCACGCCCACCCGCGCGGUGACGCUGAACCAGAUCCGGACGCGGCUGGGCUCGUCGCGGAAGCCCAAGAAACCGCGCCACGCGGUGUCGCCGGCCCUCAGCGCUGCCCACCGGCCCGCCAUGAAGGGCGUGUGCCUCAAGGUCGGCAUCACCAAGCCCAAGAAGCCCAACUCGGGCCAGCGCAAGACCGCCAAGGUCCGCCUGUCCAGCGGCCGCGUCGUCUCCGCUUAUAUCCCCGGCGAGGGCCACAAUGUGCAGCAGCACAGUGUCGUGCUGGUCCGCGGCGGCAGGAGUCAGGAUUGUCCCGGUGUCCGGUACCAUUUGGUCCGCGGGGCUUUUGAUUUGGGAGGUGUGCCUACACGAAUGACCAGCCGAUCCAAAUACGGCACCAAGAAGCCGAAGACGACAUGA